CGCGUGGUCAUCAACCCCCCCCGAUAUCUACAUCUAUCUUUGCAUCUCUACCUCAUCUCUCUCACUGACCCCCACAUCCAUCUGCAUAUACCUCUGCGCAACACUUCCCAUCUUCCCACUCACCAUGCGCAACGCCGCGCUGAUCUCCCUCUUGCCAUGUCUUGCCACCCUUGCCACUGCGCACCCUAGGCCCUCACACGACAUCCGAUCUGUCCGUAAAUCGCUCAACUUUGGACCCAAACAUGAACACGCAACGUUCCAGGUCGUCGCCGCUGCUCACGAUGAGGGAUUGACGAAGCGAGGCUUCACCGACGAAUUAGAUGCCCAAAUCGCCGCCAGGCAAUUUCUCGAUCGACAAGUCGGUGCUGAGGGCGAAUCAUACUAUAUCCGCAAAGACAGCUACACAGACGCUCGAACCGGUGUCACCCAUAUCUACGCAAAGCAGCUCAUCGAUGGCCUCGAAGUAUCCGAUGGCGACAUCAACCUCAAUAUCGACCGAUAUGGUAAUAUCAUCUCUUGGGGUAACUCGUUUCACCCAGGUACAAAGGCUCAAACGUCUCCAUCGGGCGAAACCUGUGCCAUGAUGAACGACCAACUCGACGCAUACCGCUCCGAAGCUGGAGAGAACGCCUGGGGGCUCGUCAAGUCUGCCGCUCAGGUCCUGCUCCCUUCCCUCGGUCGCCACCAUCACACGGUCGACCCGCGGAUCCAAGCCAACAUCCAACAUGUUUCGCACCAUAUCGAAGCGUUGUGUGAUCAACCUCAAAAGGAGGUACUGACACCCGUGGACGCAUUGAUCGCCCUCCUUCCGCGCAUCUCCGCGUCGUCCUCCUCCUCCGUUGACUUUGCCGACGACCUCGUCGCCACGCCAGAACACUCGUUCGCACCUAAACCGGCUCCUGCCGAGCCACCCACUCAGAUCAUCUCCGGGUCAGGACUCGCCAAAGCAGGCAUCAAGUCUCACGUCCCUGCGCGGUUGAUGUACACCCAGGUCACUGACGGUGCACCCCGAAGCGUCUGGAAGCUCGAAGUCGAGCUCGAAUCCAACUGGUACGAGGCGUACGUCGAUGUCCAGACUGGCGAAUUGCUCCGAAUCGUCGACUGGGCCAAGGACUAUUCUUGGACCUCUGAUGGACCAGCACCGAGCAAGGAACACAAGCAAAAGCCGCUCCCUGCCCCACCCAAGAAGCUAGAGCCUUACACUUAUCAGGUUUUCCCAUGGGGCAUCAACGAUCCCACCAGCGGCAACCUCUCCAUCGUCACUAAGCCAUGGGACACCACAGCUUCGCCUGCCGGAUGGCACGAGUUCCCUUCAGCGUCCAAUCCAUGGGCUGGGUCCAAGAUCCCCGGCAUGAACACGACUGGCAACACGACUCACUUUUACACCACGGCCGGCAACAAUGUCAUCGCGCAUGAAGACUGGGAAGGUCAAAACAACUACUUGCUCAACUACCGACCGAUCAACGAGUCGCUCACUUUUGUGUACGACUAUGGUGAGCCGGACGGGCUGGCACCAAGGGAAUACAUCGACUUUGUCAUCACCCAGUUGUUCUACACCUCGAACAUGUACCACGACCUGACUUACCGUCUCGGAUUCGACGAACUCGCCGGAAACUUUCAAGCUCACAACUUUGGCAAGGGCGGAAACGGUGGCGAUCCCGUCAUUGCCAACGCUCAAGAUGGCAGUGGCAUGAACAAUGCCAAUUUCAUGACCCCUCCAGAUGGUACCUCGGGUCGGAUGCGAAUGUACGUCUGGGACACUGCCACGCCGUACCGUGACGGAGAUAUCGAGGCGGGUAUCAUCAUUCACGAACUGAGUCACGGUCUAUCCACGCGAUUGACGGGUGGACCCAUGAACUCAGGCUGUCUCGGGUUUGGCGAAGCUGGUGGUAUGGGCGAAGGAUGGGGUGACGCCAUUGCCACACUCAUCAGGCAGAUUGAAGAGCACAAGUCGUUCAGCAACGGCACCGACGUCUACUCCAUGGGCUCCUGGGCAGCCAACCGAGAACUCGGUAUCCGACACUACAAGUACUCGACCGACGAGGCUGUCAACCCGUCGACUUACAAGAUUCUCGACAAGCCAGCUUACUGGGGUGUCCACGCCAUUGGCGAAGUCUGGGCGGAGAUGCUCUUCAUCAUGUCUCAACGCUUGGUUGAAAAGUACGGCUUCUCUUCGACCUUAUUCCCUCCCAUCGACACGUCGAUCCCCAAUGACUACUACGUCAACACGGCGUCUGUCGACGCCAAGGGCAAGCCCACACCCUUGGUCCCCAAACACGGCAACACGUUGGCUCUGCAGCUCAUCCUUGACGGAAUGAAAUUGCAACCUUGCCGACCUUCAUUCUUUGAUGCGAGAGACGCCAUCAUUCAGGCCGAUCUCAUGCUGACGGGUGGCGAGAACGCUUGUCUCAUCUGGAAGGCGUUCGCCGAGCGUGGAUUGGGUAUCGACGCGGGAAUCAUCAACAAGUCGCCUUGGGGACCUGGUAUCAGGACCGAUGGGUUCAAGAUUCCCUCCAAGGUUUGCAAGGAGCACAAGUGAGGCGUGGGCAUAGGAUCCCUUCCAUUGUACGAGUCCGUUUUUCACUCAAUUUGUCGAGUUGUACCAAUUCUUCCAUGUCUUUUCAUGUACACCGUGCUGCGA